AAAUCGACUCCUAACGCUGACGUCUACUUCUGCAGCAAAAUGGCGUCGUUGACAGCAGUCAUGCAGACGAACCAAUCUGGUUCUUUAAUAUCGUCCAAAAAACGGACCGGAAUGAUGACCCAAAAGAGGUUCAGACUUUUGGACAACAAUAUCCUUUUGCUCCUUUCGUUAGCAUCCAUGUUGCAUUGUGCUCUGGCUGACGGUAAAACGUUGGUUCUCCUGGACAACUUCAACAUCAGAGACACCCAUUCAAUCUUCUUCCGCAGUCUGGCAGAUCGUGGCUUUGACAUCACAUUCAAGACGGCUGACGAUCCCUCCCUGUCUCUGAUCAAAUAUGGCCAGUUCCUGUAUGACCAUUUGGUCAUCUUCUCGCCAUCAGUUGAGGACUUUGGAGGAAACAUAAACGUUGAGACAAUUACAGCCUUCAUUGAUGGUGGAGGCAACGUCCUAGUUGCUGCUAAUUCAGACAUUGGUGACCCUCUGAGGGAGCUGGGCAGCGAGUGUGGCAUCGAGUUUGAUGAAGAAAAAACUGCCAUCAUCGACCAUCACAACUACGACGUGUCUGACUCCGGAGAGCACACCCUGAUUGUUGCUGAUCCAGAGAACCUGAUGAAAGCUCCAACUAUUGUCGGCAACCCCACCAACAGACCUGUUUUAUUCAAAGGUGUUGGCAUGGUGGCAGACCCAGAGAACCCUCUUGUCCUGGACAUCCUGACCGGAUCGUCUACUUCCUACUCCUUUUUCCCUGACAAACCCAUCUCUCAGUACCCCCAUGCUGUUGGUAAGAACACCCUCAUGGUCGCCGGCCUUCAGGCCAGGAACAAUGCCAGGGUGGUUUUCAGCGGCUCUAUGGAUUUCUUCAGUGAUGCCUUCUUCAACUCUGCUGUGCAGAAGGCCACGCCCGGCUCCCCGAGGCACGAGCAGACGGGGAACAUGGAGCUGGCCGAGGCUCUGUCUCGCUGGGUGUUCAAGGAGGCCGGAGUCCUCAGGGUGGGAGCUGUCACACAUCAUCCUGUUGGAGAGAGGAAUCCCCCUGCAGCAUACACAAUCACUGACCUUGUGGAGUACAGCAUUGUCAUCGAGAUGUUGGUCCAGGGCCGCUGGGUUCCCUUCAACGGAGAAGAUAUUCAGCUCGAGUUUGUGAGGAUCGAUCCUUUCGUCAGGACUUAUCUCAAGAAAAAAGGAGAUAAAUAUAGUGUCCAGUUCAAGCUGCCCGAUGUGUACGGAGUCUUCCAGUUCAAGGUGGACUACAACCGACUGGGAUACACACAUCUCUACUCCUCCACUCAGGUAUCAGUGCGUCCCCUGCAGCACACUCAGUACGAGCGCUUCAUCCCCUCAGCCUUCCCAUACUACGCCAGCGUCUUCUCCAUGAUGGCAGGACUUUUUGUCUUCAGCAUAGUCUUCCUGCACAUGAAAGAGAAGGAGAAGUCAGACUAAUGCAGACAGACAACCAGGAAGGGGAAACAAGAUUAUAAGAAUUGUACUGUGAAGAGUUGAAAUUGAAUGUCUUGGAUCUUCACGUAGGGACUUGGACUGCAGUCCUCUGGAAAAAAUACAGUUUCUGUUCGGUUAUUGGGUUACUCAACUAAUCAGGGGCUGGAGGCCAAAAGGGGGGUGACUGAUGCAGAGGUUGGGGAUGUUUUUUUGUUUUUUUUGUACUCGGAAAUCACUUAAAGGCCGAUAAAUAUCUUGAAGUCAGUCAGUGUUUGUAUAAAGUUGCUUUACAUUUGAUACAAUUAUCUCCUAAGUAGAGCACUUGCCCUGGAACACGAAAGAAAUCCAUAUAAAAAAAUUGACCCAUAUGUUCUUAAUCUGGAAAGUUUAUUGUGGUAACUACAUGCACUGAAUAUGCCAACUGUUGAUUUGUUUUUUGAUAAGUGUUUCCAAAAAAAUGGAGUCAUCUUAACAAUAAAAUAUUGACAUUCCACUCA